GGUCGCGGCCUUGUCGGGAGAAGGCUCGUUUUUCGAGCUCGGCCGGUUGCUGUGGAGCUGCGCUCGGGCAGGAGGAAAAAUGGUUCGCAAGCUCAAGUUCCACGAGGAGAAGCUCCUCAAGAAGCUCGACCUGGUGAACUGGGAGGCUGCCUCCGGGAACCUGGCUGAGCUGCGUGUGCUCCGGCGUUACCGCUUGCAGCGUAGGGAGGAGUAUACUCGCUACAACCAGCUGAGCCGGGCGGUGCGGGAGCUGGCCCGCCGGAUCCGAGACCUGGGUGACGCGCCGCAGUCGGCGGCUUUCCGGGCUCGCAGCACCGCUGCCCUCCUGGAGAAGCUGUACGCCAUGGGGCUGGUGCCCUCCAAGAGCUCCCUGGAGCAGUGCGACCGCGUCUCUGCCACCUCCUUCUGCCGUCGCCGCCUGCCCUGCCUGCUCCUGAAGCUUCGCAUGGCCCAGAACAUGAAAGACGCCGUGACCUUUGUGGAGCAGGGACAUAUUCGGGUGGGACCUGAGGUGGUGACGGACCCUGCCCUUUUAGUGACUCGUGCCAUGGAGGACUUCAUCACUUGGACCGACUCUUCCCGCAUCCGCCAGCACGUGCUCAAUUACAAUCAGGAGCGUGACGAUUUCGACCUAGUGGGUUAGAAAGAGACUUUCCUCUCCGUUUGUUACCCUUUUGUCCUUCCAAGUCUGCGUGGGACACGGCAAGCUGGUGCCUGAGCUUCACAGUCAGGUGGAAAAAGUUUUGAGCAAAGGCACCUUCUCUGUACAUACCCGAGAAAACAAGUACGUGCAAAACUAUAAGUGGAGUCCUUAAAAUACCUACUGUUCACACAUCUGCUGACAUUCCUUCCCCUGUGCUCACAAUAUCCGCCAGAGGGAGGUGGCGGACCAAAGGUUGACUGAGCACAAGCCUGGAAGUGAAAAGGUGCUGGCAAAACGGUUGCCUGGAGAGGUUUCUUAUCAAACGUCGUGUGUGUCUGCAUUGCAGGCCUCUUCCAGGGCCACAGUGGAGAUUAAAUCGAUGGAUUAUAUUUGACCCCUCCCAGAAAACAACCCCAAGUAAUCUUGAUCCAUCUUGAAUGCGUACAUUGAAAGAACACAAAGCAAGCGUUUAUCUCUCGCUCCUGAUCAAGGACUGGAUGGCCGCCCACCACAAAUCUGCACAACUGUUCUUCUAAGCAAUCUAAUUUUCUUCCCUGGUAUCUCUGCAAAUUCAUUAACUGUCUCUAUGGUAACAUGUUCCUUGACAGUGAAGGAGCUGCUGAAUUUGUUGGCUAGGACAUACGUUGAUGAAUCGGUGUUUUGAAUGUUUGUACAUUUUUUUCUGUUCUCUGUUCCUCCAUUGUGAGGAAGAAAAACAUGUUUCAAAUUGCAUUUCUCCAUUUGGCAAUAGCUGGGCCAGAAAGGUGGGUUUUGAGAUUGUCUUUGGAAGGCAAGAUCAGCAUUCCGUGUUUCACUGUUGCCAAUGUGAUUGGGUCUUUUGUGUGCUGUGUAUAAGAUCAAGUUUUCUUUGGGAAGUUUAAAACCAUGUGCUUCAAA